AAAAAUUUCGGUGUAUGGUACUUACCGUUCCAAUAGCAAACUGAUACGCAUGCCGAUACGAUAUUGAUUACUUUGGUUGCCACCCUUGUUUGUGGGUCCCUCCCAUUGCCACAUCAUCUCUCGCCACAUCAUCUUUCACAGCGUAUAUGAAAUCCCCGAAUCACUCUCUCUACCCUAAUUUCUUUCUUCCUUUCGAAAGCCCAUCUGAAUCCCUAAAUUCAAAGUCUGGGUUUCUUCCUUUCUUUCGAAACCCAAAUUAGAAAUCCCCAAAUCUUUUCCCCAAUUUCUUUCUUCCUUUCGAAACCCAUCUGAAUACCAUCUGAAUCCCUAAAUAAAAAUUCCCAAAAGAAAAAAUCUGGGAAAUCUCCGGCUCCUCUUUAAUUUCUUCCUCCAGUUUUUGCUUCUGUCCCUUCCUCUCAGGGAGGCCCUGAUCUUGGUACCAAGUUUUAAUAGGAAAAAGCAGUUGAAUGUGCAGUCACCUGAAGAGGAAUCUAUGAGUCAUGCGGAUUACUGGUAGGGUUUUUCAAAAACCCUAAGAAGUCACAGGGAAUCGUGGAAGAUGAUCGGAAUCAGAACGAAAAAUUGGAUUCCGUUUUGGUUUUAGGAUGGAUUUGAAGUUUUCGGCGAUGAAAUUUGACGAAGAGAUGCGAAGGUGAGCUCAGCCGCCUGCUACAGUUGACUAAAAAAAAAUCAAAAUAAUUUUGGCUGCUUGCGAUGCUGCAAAUUAAGUAUCUUUUGUUUUGGAGAUUCUUAAAAUUACCAUCUUUUGUAAGAAUUUGAAUAAUGAGUCAUUCUAUUU